AUCCCCACCUGCGCCGCCGCCAUCGCCGCCGCCGCACAAACUGGCUAGCAGCAAUGGAACCACCGCUGCCAACGACCGUGUCUACGUGCACCUCCGAGACGGCGAGGGGCAAGCACGUGUUCAACAUCGCCGGCUACCAUCUGCACAAGGGUAUGGGCGCCGGCGAGUCCAUACGGUCCGCCACCUUCGCCGUCGGCGGCUACGACUGGUGCGUCCGCUACUACCCCUAUGGGGACAUAUCCCGGGACUGCAGGGGCUAUGUCUCGGUCUACCUCGAGCUCCUCACCAGGGACGCCGAGGUCAGGGCGGACUACGUGUUCAGGCUCAUCGACAACUCGGGCAGCGCUCUGCCGUCGGUGGUCCGCAGGUUUACCAGCAAGUACACCCCCGUCGACCCAGAUGAAGAUCCCGAUGGCUAUGGAGCUAACAAGUUCAUGAAACAGAGUGAGCUAGCAUCGUACCUACGGGACGACCGCCUGGUGAUUGAGUGUGAAGUCAAGGUUAUCAAGCAGCCGCAGGUGAAGGAGGAGGAGACCGUCUCCGUCGCCGCACAUAUUGAGGUGCCGCCGUCGUACCUGCCGAAUCAUCUCAAGAAAUUGCUGGAUGGGAGGAGAGGGGCAGAUGUGACUUUUGAGGUUAAAGGCGAGGUUUUCCCUGCUCACAAGAUUAUGCUCGCCACGCGAUCGCCGGUCUUUGAUGCUCAACUCUAUGGACCCCUGAGCGAUCCUGCGAGUGACAACAUAAUCGUCGAAGACAUGGAGCCUCCUGUUUUCAAGGCGUUUCUUCACUUCAUCUACACAGAUUCGCUGCCUGCUGCUAUGGAUGACCUUGAUGAUGGUGAGAACCAAGAGAUGGUUAAGCACCUGCUGGUGGCCGCCGAUAGGUAUGCCAUGGACAGGAUGAAGAUGUUAUGCCAAGGUAUUCUCUGCAAGAGCCUUGAUGUUCAAACUGUGGCGACAACAUUGGCGCUAGCUGAUCAGCAUCACUGCAGCAAGCUGAAAGAUGCAUGUGUUGAAUUCAUCCUCUCUUCAAACAGAAUGGAUGAUGUGGUGGCAAGCCAAGGGUAUGCGCACCUCAAAAGAUCUUGUCCUGCUCUCAUGUUUGAUGUCUUUGAGAGGGCUACCAAGUCUCGCAAAAUUUAAUGUGCUAAUCUUGAGUUAGUUCAGUUGACAUGUGGCCACCUGAAAUGAACUAGUUUCUUAUCCUUUAGUUUUUAGAGAUCUCUGGGUGGGACUGUCUUAAAAGGUAUUUUGGACAAAGCUUGCAAAUAUUUUGUGUGCUCAUGUUGGGUUAACUUCUGGAUGACUAGCCACCUGUCAUGAAUGAGUUCUUCUGGAUGACUAGCCACCUGUCAUGAAUGAAUGUUGGUCUUGCAGGAUGUACUGAACUACUGGUUGCCUCUUCAUAUGUAUGAAUCUACACCUGCUUAUUAGUUCUCUAAAUUAUUUGAUUUUCUGAGUUUUCAGUACCUUUACUGUUUAUCUGUUAUAGUUUUGUCCUUCUGUAUCCAUUUUUAGACUAAGCAUGACCUGAACGUCCUGCAUGUUAUUUUAACUAGAUAACCCUUCGAUUUCAUUUUUGUUUGAACA